AUGCUAACAAUUUUGAAAGACAUUAAUCCUGACUUAACAAAAGUUUCUUGGGUUGGAUCUGUGUUUGUAUGUGCCAUGUGUUUAUCAGGUCCGUUUGUUGAGAUUGCCUUGAGACAGUUUGGUGCAAGGAUUACAGUGUUCUUUGCUGGCAUCGUUUUCACUGCAGGAUUUAUCGGUGCUUCCUUUGCAACCACUAUCUCAGAGCUUAUUUUAACCCAUGGGCUGAUCGCAGGUGUGGGGGCUGGCUUUGUCACCAACCCAGUAUCGGUGUCAGUGGGACAGUACUUCUUCCGCUAUAGAGGACUAGCCUGUGGCUUGUUGGCCACAGCAUUCAUUUCUCUCUUGCUGGAGCAUAGUAGUAUCCAAUACACAUACGGCUUUCAAAGAGUAUCUUUUACUUCCUGCUUCUUCUUUUCUUUAAUCAUAAAAGACCUUU